UUCACUCAAAUCCAUACAAACAAAAUGCAAGAUCUUCAAUCACCACCACCACUAGGUUCCCCUACAGAUAUAUUCGGUGACCCGAAUCCACCACAAUGGCUGAACCCUAAUUUAUUCCAAUCCCUAAAUUUCGAUCCCGAAAACUACAUCUCCGAUUUACGCACCUUCGUCCCCUUAGAAACUCUCCGUACUGAACUCCAAUCGCACUUCACAUCUCUCCAACGCGAUCUCAUUAAUCGCGAUUACGUCGAUUUCGUUAGCUUAAGUACCAAAUUAAUCGACGUUGAUUCCUCAAUUGUGCGUAUGCGUGCUCCAUUGCUUGAAAUUAGAGAGAAAAUUGAACAUCUUCGCAACGCCGUUGAAAAAUCGCUUUCUGAUUUGCAAAAUCGGCUUCAACAAAGAGCUAAUGCAGGUGAAGCUAGAGAGGUAUUAGAAUUAUUGCUUGAUACUUUUCAUGUUGUUUCUAAAGUUGAGAAAUUAAUUAAAGAAUUGCCACGUGGACAAUCUGAUAAUGAUAAUAAUAAUGAUAAUGUGAGGGAAACACAAAGUAUGCUUUUGGAAAGGAUCGCUAGUGAAAUGAAUAGGUUGAAGUUUUAUAUUAGGAAUGCGAAAGAUAUGCCGUUUAUUGAGAAUAUGGAGAAGAGGAUAACGAAUGCGAGUUUGUUGUUGGAUACGAGUUUACGAUGUUGUCUUGUUGAUGGACUUGAGUAUAGGGAUGAGAAUGCGAUUUAUAACUGUUUACGUGCGUAUGCUGCGAUUGAUAAUACUAAGAAUGCUGAGGAGACUUUUCGAUCGACUGUUGUGGGUCCGUUGAUCGAAAAAGUUAUUCCGGAAAAGGGGUCUCGAGGAGGAGUUGUUGGGGGAGAACUUGAGGAGGAUUAUGUUAAGAUCAAGAAAUAUAUUGAGGAUGAUUGUAAGUUUCUGUUGGAUAUAUCGUCUAUCGAGAACUCGGGUCUACAUGUUUCGAGUUUCCUUGCGAAUUCUAUACUAAAGGAAGUUCAUUCUGCUAUCCAGAAAGGAAAACCAGUGGUGUUUUCUCCGGGAAGGCCUACUGUUUUCCUGAAAAAUUACAAAGCGAGUUUGGAUUUCUUGGCACAUUUAGAAGGUUACUGUCCCUCGCGAUCAGAAGUAGUCAAAUUUCGGUCUGAAGCUGCGUAUAUUGAUUUCAUGAAGCCAUGGAAUGUGGGUGUUUAUUUCUCAUUGAGGUUCCAGGAGAUAGCUGGGGCUCUUGAUUCUGCACUUAGUGUUGCUGGUCUGGCCCCGGUGGGGUCUGACCAGAGGAAGCCUCAAGAUUUGAUUUUGAAGCAGAUUACGUCUCUUUUAGAGUGCUUGAGAUCUUGCUGGAGGAAUGAUGUUCUUGUCCUCUCUUGCUCGGACAAGUUCUUGCGUUUGUCUUUGCAACUUAUGGCCAGAUUCUCUAACUGGUUAUCUGCUGGAUUGGCUGCUCGUGAAGCUGGUAAUGCGGGCUCAAACCCGGGAUUUGAAUGGGCUAUUUCUGCAAGCUCUGAUGAUUUAGUGUACGUAGUUCACGAUUUGAACCGUUUGGUGGAGGAAAUAUGUGGCGAUUACCUUGAACAGAUACUUGAGUUGCUCAAGUCGUGCCCUGUUGAAGUUUGUGAUUUUGUAAAACAGAGCAUUUUACAAGGUGGGAAGUCCUUGAAGGGCCUUUUGCCAAUUGUGAUGAGUGCAAUAAUUGAGACAAUAGUUGAGAAAUCUGUAGAGGACUUGAGGCAGUUGAAAGGAAUAACAGCUACUUACAGGAUGACUAAUAAGCCUCUCCCAGUCAGGCAUUCUCCGUAUGUUACCGGGGUAUUACGUCCGUUAAAGGAAUUUUUGGAUGGAGAAAGGGCUGCUACGUGUCUAACAAAUGAGAUAAGGAAUGAGCUCUUGCAAGAUGCUGCUUUGGAAAUAACUCGACGUUACAAUGAUUUAGCUUCGGAGCUUGUCAAUAUGAGUAGAAGAACAGAAUCUUCUCUUCAAAAACUACGUUUGGGUGCUCAAAGACGUGCCGGAGCAAGCUCAGAUGUCUCAGAUCACAAUUUGUUUGAUACCGACAAGAUCUGCAUGCAAUUGUUUCUUGAUAUUCAGGAAUAUGCACGGAGCCUUUCGUUACUUGGAGUGGAUGCAGCUAGUAUUCCGCCUUAUCAAUCAUUAUGGCAAUGUGUUGCCCCUGCUCCUGAGAAUUGAAGAGAGUAUUGCCCAACGCGUGGAAAACUGGAAAUUACUUCCAGGUAUUUCCAUAUAUUGAAUUCAUUUUCAUAUCUUCCCUCGCAUACGCUAAAUUCAUUUUUGUGAUUAUUUAAAUUUGGUUGACAUAGCCUGUUUUGUUUGGGUUGAAUAUAGUAACACUACCAAGUGUGAAGUGCGUUGUACUCAUUACUUAAUGUCGUCUUUGACUUAGAUAGGUGUUCUUAUUGGUUUAUCACAGUUGGGGCUUUGUGUUGUUUAGUGCGAUGAUAUGUUGUCUAAACUUGCAUAUACAGCGAGAGUAGCUCUAAUGAACGUUUCUAAGUUUGAUAUUUCUGUUUUUCUCUUGAAUCUUGAGAGUUGUAACUUUAAAUAUUUAAUAUUUUCUUCUUCAGAUUUUUGGUAUGGUGCUUGAAUUGCCUGAUUUGAUUUAUCAGUCUAUUUGGUCAUCCAUUGCAAGUUUCUCAUGAUAUUUGAUAAAUGAAAAGAUGUCGAUACAUUUUCCUUCUGAUGCAACGCGAACGACCCAUUACGCAAACUCGGGCUCUUAUAUUGUAUCUUCAUAUAAAUUCAGCAUCCAAGAUUGACAAUUGCUAUGUCAUGUCACAGAAUAGCUCUUUGAAUCCUAUGGCGUAUAAUUGAAAUUAAUCUGCCUAUAUCCUUGCCCAGACUGCCAAUAUGGUUUAUUAAUCUUUACCGAGUCCGAAUUUUAUUUUACUGAAUUUCUACAUUUUAGUUGAUUUUGUAAUUUAAAUCUAAACAUUUGACAGGACUCGAAGAAGAUUGACCUCAAGCUCGGCACAGUUCUAGAAGUUGCUCCAGUUUUAAUAUUUUGCACUUACAUAGCUUGCUUCUUUUCUUGGUUUCUGUUAUUUCUUGUUUCUCCUUUAAUUUUUUUGUAAGAGUUUGGGUUACUUUUGGUGCUGACUGAUCAUUGCAUAGAGUUGUAGCUCAUUAAUAUUUGGCUAAAUACCUAGAUAGCCCCUUAAUGUUUUGUAAGAUAGACACUCCAACUUAAUGACCAGAUAGACACUUGAAUUUGACAAAAGUGUCUCAUAAACAUGCCAGGACAUGGCAAAGUACAUGUUUUACACACAUAGUUGAGCUAGUGAAUGGCUUUAAUUCUGA